UUAUUUCUUUUCGUUGGUCUUCCUCCUAGCUCUCUCUUCUUCUCGCGCCCUUCUUCCCUGGAGAGAGAGCGAGAAAGAAAGAGAGAGAAGAAAGGUCAGAAUUCACGAGAUGAUUUGCUUCCAGACAACAAAUCAAAUUCAUACACACAAUCAUUUCUCUUUUUGAUACUCUCUCUUCUUCGCACCCGCUGAUCUUCAUCAAAAGUUGAUAAAAUUUGAUUCAUCGAUCGGUUUCUAGAAUCAAUCAAUCAUCAUCAUCAUCAUCUGAAUCUUCAACGGAGCUUCGAUCUCGAAGGGUUAGGGUUGGGUUUAGGGAAUCAUCCUCAUCGGAAAUGGAAGCGUCUGGUGGUAAUUCGGACGCGUACAGAGGUUCUUCGGUGAUUAGCAGUAGCAAUUCGAGAAGAUACGGAAUGCAGUUAUCGGCUUCGAAUUUUUUCCAUUCACCGCUUUCGACAUUGUUGGAAUACUCGGGAAUCCUUCGAACGAGGUCGAAUUAUUUGGAAUCUGAAAGCUCGAUAAACAGCAACGGCGUGUCUGUUGGUUACCAAGAUCACAUUCAGAAUGAUUCUUCUCCUGUGGCUAACAGUGGUGGAGAGGUUUCUAUUAGGAUAAUUGGUGCCGGCGAACAAGAACACGAUCGGCUUUUGCCUUCUUCAAUGAAUGCACAGAAUGAAGCAUAUGUUCAGCCCAUUGGUAGAACAGCGUCGGCCACAUCAGUUUCGUCGGUACUGGAUGGUCAGGGAGAUUACAGGAGUGAUCGCGGGGUGGGAGAGAGUGGUUCACAAUCACUGAAUGGAGAUGGGGAGGCUGUGGACGGAGCUGGGUCUAAUAGCAGGGAUUCUUCAUACCAGAGAUAUGACAUACAGCAGGCUGCGCGAUGGAUUGAGCAGGUGCUUCCGUUCUCUUUGCUUCUCUUGGUGGUUUUUAUCCGGCAGCAUUUGCAAGGUUUUUUUGUUACAAUUUGGAUUGCUGCCGUGAUGUUUAAGUCAAAUGAUAUUUUACGAAAGCAGACAGCUCUGAAGGGGGAGAGGAAAAUACCUAUUCUCAUUGGCAUCUCUUUCGUGUUUGGGCUUCAUGUGAUUGUUGUGUACUGGUGGUAUUGGAAUGAUGAUAUUCUGUUUCCGUUGAUCAUGGUUCCCCCAAAAGCUAUACCACCUUUUUGGCAUGCUAUCUUCAUCAUUAUGGUGAAUGAUACUUUGGUUCGGCAGGCAACAAUGGUUCUCAAGUGUAUUCUACUAAUGUACUACAAAAACAGCAGAGGGCGAAAUUACCGUAGACAGGGUCAAAUGCUAACUUUGGUGGAGUAUCUGCUUCUGCUAUACCGUGCCUUGUUGCCAGCACCAGUCUGGUAUCGUUUCUUCUUGAACAAAGAAUAUGGGAGCCUCUUUUCAUCAUUAAUGACUGGGCUGUACCUAACCUUCAAGCUCACAUCUGUAGUUGAGAAGGUCCAAUCUUUCUUUGCUGCGUUAAAGGCAUUGUCUCGCAAAGAGAUUCAUUACGGUGCUUACGCAACUUCAGAGCAGGUCAGUGCAGCGGGUGAUCUGUGUGCUAUCUGCCAGGAAAAGAUGCAUGCUCCAAUCUUGUUACGUUGUAAACACAUAUUUUGUGAAGACUGUGUAUCAGAAUGGUUCGAGAGGGAAAGAACAUGCCCACUGUGCAGAGCUUUGGUGAAACCUGCAGAUCUCAGAUCAUUCGGUGAUGGAUCGACUAGUCUAUUUUUCCAGUUAUUCUGAAAACAUCAAGUACUGUCUUGUCUGGGGAGAUUUUUCUGCUUUGAAGCUUAAAACCCUUGCUCAAAGCAGCCAUCUCCUUAUCAUGUCAACAUCACAGGUAAAAUCUGACCAAAUCCGGCCCAGCCCAGUUCUUGGGCCACCGCUGGAAGUUAGUGUCGUAUGCUGUAUUGAAAAAAGUUGUGUAUGUAAUUGGGGCCUUUGCUUUGAGGUCCAACAAUAUAUGUACCACACUGUUCAGUUGCCAUAAAUGAAAGCUUUCCAAUAAAUGUUUUGUUGCCUUGCAAUGCAUUAAAUCUAUUA